AUGAGUCUGCACUCAGCCGCUACAUAUUGUCAGCUGGAUGCCAACCUCACCAAGAAGCCAAGCCUCACAGGCCCCAGCGCAGCCUCGUGCCCGCCCACCAACUUCCAGUGCAGGAGUGAUGGCCUAUGCGUGCCCCUCACCUGGCGCUGCGACGUUGACAAGGACUGCCUUGAUGGCAGUGACGAGGAGGAGUGCAGUACUGAGCCGUGUGCCCAGGACGGGCAGUGCAAGCCACCCACUGGCAGCCCCUGCUCUUGUGACAGCAUCGAUGACUGCCCUGAUGGCAUCAACAAGAAUGUUCUCAACUGCGGGCACCAGCCCUGCCCGGAGGGAGAGCUGCGCUGCCCGCUGGGCGGUUCCUGUAUCCCACGCACGUGGCUCUGCGAUGGCCACCCGGACUGUUCCGACUCCAGCGAUGAGCUUGGCUGUGGAACCAAGACCCUCCAAGAAGGGAGUGCCACGUCCGUGGGGACCCCUGUGACCCUGGAGAGUGUCACUUAUCUCAGGAAUGCCACAGACCUCUGUCGGGGACCGGGACUCAGUUCAGUCUGGAAACCGAAGUGCCUAUGGGAUCAUUGCAGCUGCUGUGGUGCUAAGUGUAGGUCUGGCCGCCGCCAUCCUCUUCAUGUGGUCACGGCUCUGUGCCCAGGGACGCCUGUCCCCGCUGGGGCUGCUGGUGUCUGUGAAGGGGUCUCUGCAGUCGGAGAGGACGGCCUCAGUUCUCUGAGGAUGAUUUCUUGCUGCCACGUCACAUGGUCCCGAGUAUGGCAGGUAUGGGGACCCGCGCGUGGCUGUUGGCACACCAGCCCCCAGACCUGGGUUCUUCUGGCCACGUGGCGCCAAGUACCUGAGCUCCUGCAGAUGUGAUCGUGGAGGCUGGGAGUGUCCAGACCCUCCCCUGGACUCGAGGAGCCUGGAUGGGGAACGUGCCACAGCCAGAACCGUGGGGCUGGCCCUAGGUCAUUCCCGGGGUGGCCCCCCUGCUCAGAUACUACUGUUGCCCCCUCCUGAGGGUGGUGAUUAAAGUUACUUCACGUCUUCUGCCUGCCUCUGGGCCUCUGUCUCCCUCUGCCUGGGCAGCCUGGGGGCUCUGCUGCAGCCCCUCCUCUGGAGCACCCAAGCCCAGAGAGGGUGGGAGUUGGGGACCCUGCCUCUGGCUUCCUGGAAUCCAGAGCAGGGGACAGUGGGGCUGGGGGCAGCAGGACAGUUUGCAUCCCCCAAAUGGAGCAGACCUUGGGCAGUGCCUCCCAGAGUCCUGGGCUGGGGGACCUCCAUCCAUUAUGGCUUCUUCUCUUUGAGAUGGAAGCUGGGUGUCCCCAGGUUGGUCUCCACCCUGUUUCCAAAUGUAGGUCUUCUUAUUAUGCAGCUACGGCAAGGCCAACAGAUCAGCAGAUGACUGCCACUGAAAAGACACUUUGUUACUCACCGAUCCCAAGAGGAAGGGCAUAACAGGCCAUGUGGAGCCACACGGGGAAGCACCAGGGUCCAUCAGGAGGCAGAGCGAGAGGGAACAACAUGGACAGGAGCUUUUAUUGUGGUUUCCACUGGAAGGAAUGGGUGAGGCAGGGUAAACAGGCUUGGAACUGGCUAGACUGAGUAAUUUCCAUGGGCUCUGGGGUGUUGGCACUGAGUAUCGUGUACAUCUCAGCCUAUCAACGGCAAGGCUUUCAGAGAGCAGCAUCUGAGGACACCUGGGUCCCUACUACUUACAGCAAGGCCCUCACAGACGUUACCCCAGCUAGAGCCAGCAUUGUGGCUAGGCCGGCCCUCGUGGUUCUUAUCAUGAUCACAGGACGUACUUCAGGAAAAACCAUCAGGGAACUUGGCAGAACAAGAUUCGUUACCCACAGGUUCUGGAGGGUACACAGCAGGCACCCCCUCUGAGGGCCACGGAGCAAGAUCGUGGGGAGAGAGGGAGGGAACGCAGACCUGGGUCUCUGCCUUUAUUAGGGUCCGGGGGUCGGAGUCUUGGAUUCACUCUUUAUUGAAUAUAAAGCAUAAGAGCUGGAAUUAGGGUGCCAAAAGGGAAAGUGGGGUCGUUCAAGGCGUCACUUGUCAAGGUUGCCUAGGGUUUCUGAAAAGGGGACCUUCCUAGGUUGGGGUAGCUAAUAACCAGGUAGGUUGUGUUGCUAGUAGCUGUGUCAUGCAGCUGUGUGUUUGUUCAUGGUGGGUGUUGGCAAUCAAAAGCUUAAUGUCAGGGACUUCCCUGGCAGUCCAGUGGUUAGGACUCCACCUGCUUCCCUUGGAGGGGGCACGGGUUCAAUCCCUGGUCGGGGAACUAAGAUCCUGCUUAAUGUCAGGCACUCACACUACAGUGGCCCUGGGGUGAACAGGGAAGGGGCACAGUGGCUCUGGAUUGCCUGGUAUGCAUAGGAGAGGUACACUCACUGGUUACUUGUUUGUCAUCUCCAGGAACUCGCUAACCCCUCAAGGGACAGCCCCUUCCUGGUCAGUGAGGCCUCAGCUGACAGGGUGUCAAGAAUACAGAAACUGGGAAUUCCCUGGCGGUCCAGUGGUUAGGACUCUGCGCUUUCACUGCCGAGGGCCUGGGUUCAAUCCCUCGUUGGGGAACUAAGAUCCUGCGAGCCGUGUGGCGCGGCCACAGAAAAAGAAUACAGAAAGUGUAGUUAAUACACCCCGUAACUGCUGGGUGAUGAGGACAUGGCUCUUCUUUGACCUUCAUUUUCUUCAUCUCCGAAUGCGGUGGCCGGGACCCUGGUAGCCCAGGGGAGCACCCAGGGUCCCAUACAGGGUCUCGCGGCUUUGACAUCCAGCAAGCAGGCAGCUGGUCCCUGAUGACAACAUGCUGGGAGAAGAUAGAUCUUCCUGGGGGUGGGAAGGGUGGGAAAGUUCAGCAUUGGGGCUCCGCCCCCCACGGGAGGUUUGUUUGUUUGUUUGUUUGUUUUGGUCCAUGCAGCAUGUCUUGUGGGAUCUGGAAUUCCCAAUGGGCUUUGGAGUCUGGGCCUCAGGAAGCCUGUGAGGGGCCCGAGUUCUCUGUCGGGCAGCCGUGGGGGCUUGGGAGGUGGGCUGCAGCCAGGAUUGGGGGACUUUGACUGACGGUGGACCAGAGGGUGCCCAGCUGCCUGGGGUACAAGGCCUUCCCCCGGCGCCUGCUGGAUACCUCCCAGCCCCUGAGCUGGGCCGAGGUUUCCUGCUGCAGAACUGGAACUCUGGUGGGCUUCUUCUAGUUGGCAGGAGGGAGUUAUGCCAGAGAGUAGCAUUUUCUUGUUUUUAGAUUUUUUUCCCCCUUCAUUUUUGUUCAGGUGUGGACAGCUGCAGUGGGCCAACAGGGCAUGUUAGGGGGGUGAGGCCGGUGUCAGACGCCACCUGAGCUGAGGUCUAGGGUCUGGAUCUUCCCGGGUGUCAGCUGGAUUCUCAGUGAUCGGUGGUACAAACCACCCUGCGCUGACGGGCUCCACACAACCACCGGCAUAUUCCCUUUUGUGGUUCCACGUUGACUGGCCUGGCUGGCGGCUCUUUGUUUCCCCGUGAAUGAUGGCUGCUGGCAUCUGGGGGCUGGACUGGCUGGAUGUUACCAUGUCAUUGGAUGGUGCCAAUGUCGUGUCUGGCGCAUGGGUGGAUGGGGACGCCUCUCCCUCUCUACGUGGCCUCUCUGGAUGGCCCUUCCAUGUGGGCACCCAAGCAGGACGGCCGCAUCCCUUUUCUGGUGACUCGGGUUUCCCCAAAGCGCAGAGCCAAAACCCUUCUAAUGCUUCGAAUGCUCAGGUCCAGAACUGGGCCAGCAUCGCUCCUGCUGCUUUCAGCAGGGUCUCAGGUCAGCCCAGGUGUGUGCUGGGGGCACAGGUGGGGGCCACACAAGGGCACGAACACCAGGGAGGCCUAGUUCAUUGGGGCCACCACGGGGGCAGAGGGCACGAGCUGGGAAUGGGCAGGCUGGAGUGGGCGACUCCUGUCCACUGGAGCCAGCUGACUGGCUGUGGGCAGGUGGCUUUGCUGUCUCAGGGCCAGCUUUGUCACCUGCACAUUGGGGCAGCCACAGGUGCAAACGCCCUUCAUGCAUGAGCAGGCCGGGUUUCAGCUGCCUUUGUUCUCUCAAGCAGGGUCACCCUGUGCUGCCAGCUGCCCACCCCAUCCUAUAGGCAGCAAGCCCAGUGACUGGCUUCCAAGAAACUCCAGAGAGGGUCAAGGUUGAAAAGGGAGGGAUGUUUGGGGAGCCCACAAGGAGGGGGACAUGGUCAAGUGGGCACGGGUCCCAGUACCUGGGGAAAUUCUGAUGGGCCUGAGAAGGGAGGGGAUGGAGUGGCGGGGAUGUGUGUGGGCUGCAGUGGUGAAGAUGGGGAGGGGGGAUCCAGGGUGUGUGUGUGUGCGUGUGUGUAUCUUUAUCCAUCUCUCACCAUUUCUCUUUUUUUUUUUUAAUUGGAAAACUCACAUAACAUGAAAUUAACCAUUAACUGUUUUAAAGCCUGCAAUGCAUUUAGUACACUUGCAGUGUUGUGUAACCCUCACCUCUGUCUAGUGGCAAGACAUUUUUAUCCCCCCCGAAAGGAAACCCCUUCCCCGUUAGCGGUCACUCCUCUCCCCCACCCCCAUCCCGGCAACCACAAAAACCACAGAUCCACAUUCUGUCUCUCUGGACUUCUGGACAUUUUGUAUAAAUGGAAUCGUACCAUAGGUGGCCUUUGGUGUCUGGCUUCUCUCACUGAGCAUCAUGUUUGCCAGGUUCUUCCCCCAAAAGUCUCCUUGUGUCCCUUUUUUUGCCGCUCCCACCCCUACCACCACAUUACCCAGGCAACCACCAACUGGCUCUGACACUGUAGAUUAGCUGCAUUUCUAGAAUCAUGGAGUAUGUACCUUUUUUUUUUUUUUUUUGGUCUGGCAGUUUUUACCUGACACAAUUAUUUUACAAUAAUUUGCAUGUAGGAAAAGUGAUUUGCAUGUAGGAAAAGUGAUUUGCAUGUAGGAAAAGUGAGCUCGCUUUUAUGGCGGAGCUGUACUCCACUGUACGGCUGUUCCACAUCCAUUUACCUAAUUCCUCUGGUGAUGGCUAUCUAGGUGGUUUCCAGUUUUUUAUGAUUGCAAAUAAAGCUGCUGAGAACAUU